AUGAAACUCUAUUUCGAAGCAGAGAAAUUCGUCAAGGAAGGUGACAGAGGCUUGAAGAACCGUAUCUUCAAUGCCAAGCUUACAAACUCUCCGAAACACGUUUAUGCGUUGGUCAUUUGCACGUUGAAGUAUAAAGAGUACAUCAACGAGAUCAUUCGCAAAUCGAAGCUCAAAGAUGUUCCACAAAUCAAAAAAUUAAAGGUCAAGGACUCCCUCUUGAUGUUAUUGGUCCAUGACUUCCUCUUCUCUGCCAAAGGAAGAAUCCAGCUGGGAAAGCACCCUAUCAAGGAUGCAUUUCUUCUCAAUAAGACACGAAUGCAAGCUGAGCUCACUAAAUUGAAACUCAAACAUAAGGUGAAGUCUGUGGACCAGCUCCCACUAAAGGAUGGUUUAGACGAUGAUGAGACCCCUAUCAGAUGGAUAAGAGUCAACACCAUCAAAACAGAUGCGGAAUCACUAUUUAAGAAACAUGCAUUCUUUUCCAAUUUGGAGAAGGUGGACUCCAUCGAGGAAAUCACCAAGCCUGGCGUCAUUUACCAGGACAGCCAUAUUAAAAACCUAUACGGAAUUCAUCCUAGGGAGAAGCUCACUUCGACAGAUGCGUAUUUGCAUGGAGAAGUGAUCAUUCAGGAUCGUGCUUCGUGUUUCCCAGCAGAGAUCCUCAACUAUGAUGAGAACGAUAUCCAUAGCGAGGUCAUUGACGCCUGCGCUGCUCCAGGAAAUAAAACUACUCAUGCUGCUUCUUAUGUGAAUAAUCAUGAAAACGGUGUAGUGUAUGCAUUUGAGCGUGAUAACCAGAGAGUGAAAGUGUUGAAAACCAUGUGCGAGAAGGCCACUGGUAAGAGCAAGAAGAAUCUUAUACACCCUACGCAUUCAGACUUCACAAAAAUCAGCCCCAAGGACUUUCCAACUAUCACGGGUCUAAUUGUGGACCCUUCAUGUAGCGGUUCAGGUAUCUUUGGCAGAGCCAUUGAAGAUGCCAAUGCUGAAGAACAGACUAAGGAAGAAAUCGACACUGAGAGACUCAACAAGUUGGCAGGAUUCCAGUUUAAGAUCAUGAAGCAUGCACUCUCAUUUCCUAGUGCCCGCAAGGUUGUAUACUCCACUUGUUCCAUACAUCCCCACGAGAACGAAAGAGUUGUGGUGGAUUUGUUGAGCGAUCCAGAUAUCAAAAAGCAGGGCUGGACGUUGGCAAAGAGAGAGGUUGUCAUUCCAUCUUGGGAAAGGAGAGGCUGGGAGCAAGAGUUCACGUCGAUCUGCGACGGCGAUAAAGACAAAUGCAUAGAAAUGGCCGGAGGUUGCGUUCGGUCCGUGCCAAAGGAAGAUGGAGGCAUUGGGUUCUUCGCAGCAUGUUUCAUUAGACAGACAUAG